CCUCCGGGACAGUCACUAGAAGCCUAUGGUUUCGCGUUGAUCGGAGUCUUUUGGUUGUGUGUGUGUGUGUGUGUCUCUCUCUGUGUGUGCGCCCAGUACUACUGUAUUGUACUGUGAGAAGGUAGACAGAUAGGGGGCACCGCACCAAAAUCUCCCGCUCAACCCCCCCACAAACUCACUUUCUAACUUCAACGUUUUUUUUUUUUAACCGACCACAGGACUUUAACAACUGAUCGCUUUAUUUAUUGAUAACAUUUUCGGUUAGUUUAUGGUUUGUGUUUUUACACACCGGGAGGGCAGAAAUGGCCGCCAACAUGUACCGGGUCGGAGACUAUGUAUUCAUUGAGAAUUCCUCCAGCAACCCUUACCUGAUCCGCCGGAUAGAAGAACUAAACAAGACGGCCAGUGGCAAUGUGGAGGCCAAGGUGGUGUGUUUCUACAGAAGGAGAGACAUCUCACACAGCCUCAUACAGUUGGCUGACAAACACGCACAGGACCUAGAGGAGGAGAAAGAGAGUCCGUCGGAGGCGGACCUGACAGACAAACAGGAGCACCAGUUACGCCACAGAGAACUGUUCCUCUCGCGCCAAUAUGAGAGUCUACCAGCCACACACAUCAGGGGGAAGUGUAGUGUGGCAUUGUUGAAUGAGACGGAAGCUGUUCUCUCCUACCUGGACAAAGAGGAUAUGUUCUUCUACUCGCUGGUCUAUGACCCUACCCAGAAGACACUGUUGGCUGAUAAAGGAGAGAUCAGAGUGGGACCACGCUUUCAGGCUGACGUACCUGACAUGCUACAGGAGGGUGACUCAGAUGAACGUGACCAAUCAAAGCUAGAAGAGAAGCUAUGGGAUCCUGACUGUCCUCUCUCCAGCAAACAGAUAGACCAGUUCCUGGUGGUGGCACGGGCGGUGGGGACGUUUGCCAGGGCGCUGGACUGUAGCAGUUCGGUCAGACAGCCCAGUCUACAUGCGAGUGCAGCCGCCGCCUCACGAGACAUCACACUGUUCCACGCGAUGGACACGCUGCAUCGUCAUGGUUACGACCUGUCCAGUGCGUUGAGUGUGUUGGUGCCGUCCGGUGGGCCUGUGCUGUGUCGGGACGAGAUGGAGGAGUGGAGCGCCUCGGAGGCAGCCAUGUUUGAAGAGGCUCUGGAGAAAUACGGAAAGGACUUCAACGACAUAAGACAAGACUUCCUACCGUGGAAGUCUCUGACCAGUAUAAUAGAGUAUUAUUACAUGUGGAAGACAACAGACCGAUACGUACAGCAGAAGAGACUGAAGGCAGCAGAAGCAGAAAGCAAACUGAAGCAGGUUUACAUCCCCACAUACAAUAAGCCCAACCCUAACCAGAUCUCAGUGACCAAUGGGAAGAUGGCGACGGUGAAUGGGGCGGGGCCUGGAGCCUACCAUGCAGCGGGGGGAGGACGAGCCUGCGAGAGCUGCUACUCGACGCAAUCAGCCCAGUGGUACUCGUGGGGGCCACCCAACAUGCAGUGUCGCCUGUGUGUGUCGUGCUGGAUGUACUGGAAGAAGUACGGUGGCCUUAAGAUGCCAAGCAGAGCGGAGGGGCCCGAGGAGAAGACCCCACCCAGCCCUGUGCCCAACGAGCCUCGGUCGCGUGGCCACGGCCCCCGCCAGUCCAGUCACAUGGUGCCGGUGCGUAACAGCGGCAGCCCCAAGUCCUCCACGAAGACAAAGCAGGCCUUCCUGCUGCAGGCCACCCGCCUCACCAAGCUGGCACGCCACAUGUGCCGCGACAUCAUCAGACUGCGACGCGCUGCGCGGCGCCCCUUUGUGCCCAUUAACUGUGGCGCCAUAAAGGCUGCGUAUAUGUUGCGGCUGUCGGAGGGGCAAGUCGGGCGACCCCCCAGAAUCCGGACCACCCAGAGGAGCACCCUGACCAGCGUCCUGCAGUUCCUGGAGUCCCGCCCCGCGAUACACGCCCCCCGUUCUCACCGAACCCUUGGCCUGCAAGCCCCUCCCCCUCGCCGCCUCCUCUCUUCUCUCCCUCACGGUCCCCAUGGCCUUCUGGGUAAACGCAGCUUCCACCACCACACCAGAGCCGAGCCAGAGAAACGCCCAGAAAACCCAGGCCAGACAACGGUACCAGUGCAGAACGGCCGUAGCAGUGGAGGCGGGGGGACCAGGGGCAGUGCUAGGGGCGGAGUCAUGAUUAGGAAGAGACGCCCAAACUUGAUCGAUGCCCCCGAUGACAGCUUCUUCUUUGUCUCCCGGGAGACCAGGAGGGUCAGGCGACUGCUGUCUCGGUCCCAGCUGAGGCGCGCCUGUCGACAGCCCUGUGAGCAGAUCACCCUGCGCAGGGCAUCCCAGGCACCACCACAGGGGCCGCUCCUCGCCCUUCCACACCCCCACCCCAGCCUCCGGAUGAGGGGACCCAUUGUCAUCCACGACUGACCCCUGACCCUAUCUCCCUCCCAUACCUGUCCCCUGCCUAUGCUCAGCUCGACAUGCAAGACCCUAAUACAUAAAGGGGUUCCCACCUGUACAGAUUCAACUCCCCUGGGACAGAAAACCAGUGAGUGUGUGACCUUGAUUAUGUUUUUUCUUCUUCAGUACCUACUGCAUGUCAGUGACUGGUGGUUGUGAGCAAUCCUCGGUUUGUCAGAGAUCAAACCUGAUAUCAACUAACCAGAUCGGCUGGAUUUACAGGGAUGGUUUGAUCACAAACUAGAUGGUUAAAGGGAUCGGAUCACUAACUAGAUAACUGCAUCAUUAUGUAUCCAGUUCCAUGACACUCUUAACUUCUGAGUCAACAACAUAAAAAUACGCUCAUUGUAUAUUACUAUACCGAUUGCAACUCUGUACAGUCUAGACAUUAUAUUUUAUGCUCUACCUAGCACUGCUAUAGGCAGAACACUUCCUCUCUUCUCAACGGAACCUGGGACUUUCAUGACAGAUCUAAUCUGAUUUUGGUAUCCUAUUCCCUGUGUAGGGCACAACUUUUGGCCAGAGCCAUCUAGUGCCCAAGGGAAUAAGGGGCUAUUUAGGACGUCCCCUGCUGUAGCAUGCCACUGAGGUCAAGCCUCCUGAUUUGUUUAUGUUGGUGUUCAUGAAUGUCACGUGUUGAAAUAUGAAAUAUGCUGAUUAAAAACAACACAGUUUCCUCUA